GCGGCAGCGUACUGUACGCGCCAUUAUCUGAUAUUACUUUGGCCGGGUACACAUUUAUGAGAGAAACAGAGAAGAAGCAUUAUUGAACAAUAUACAUGGUUUUUAUAAUGAAUUGUGUGACAUGAGUGUGGCUUAGUUUAUAUUCAAGUGAUACUUUCUGAAUUUUAAUUAACAAGACGCAAAUGCAGUGUCAGAUUGGGAGAAAUCGGACAGUUUAGUUCUAAAAUCUGAAAAGUUUAACCCAACCUCGUUAAAGUAGUUCAAUCGACAUGGAAACUAUUGAGGAGAACGAACUCAACGUCCUUCGAGAGAUUGCGAGCGAUGAGGAACUGGCGCAGAUACCGAAAGAAUUAGCAAAGAAAAUUCAUGUACAUUUCAAUGCGAAAUACGACGAAUUUAUAACUGCUAAGGCCGUCUUUGAAAGUAACCGCAAGAACUUAGAACAAAAUCUGGAAAAAGCACAGAAAGAACUUGCUGAGCAAAAGGUGGAUCUUAAUGAAUACAAAGAAAAGUUGGAGUUAGUACGAAAAGACAGUGCAGAAUCAAGUAGCAACCUUGAGGAAGUAAAGAAUGAAGUAUAUAAGUUACAAGAAUCUGUUAAACGGUUAGAAAAGGAAAAUGGCGAGCUACGGAGGCUUAGAGAUACAGCAGUAGAUGAUAGAAAUACGCUGCAGUUACAAGUUGAAAGACGUGACACUGAAAUUACAAGAAUGCAUACUGAAUUGACCUCUCUAGGCACUCAGUUGCAAACUGCUAUCGCAACAAAGUGUCAAGUCCUGGCUGAAACAGAAGAAAUUCACAGUCGAAAAAUGACAUUAGAUUUCAAGGAGAAGCGACUGGAACAAGAACGAGUACUUCUCUCUCAACAAAUAGCAGGCCUCGAGGAAGAACUAGCUAAAAGAAAUUCUGAACUGCAGACAACAAGGUCUGAAGCCUCUGCUAGAGCUCUUUUAACUGAUACUAAGUUAUCUCAACGUGAAGAAGAGUUGCGAAUAGCCAAUGAAGCAAACUCUCAGCUUCGAGAAACGGUUUCCUCUCUUCAAAAGCGUUGUGAUGAAUUAGCUCAGAAAUUGGAAGAUCAGCGAGUUCAUGAAAUCUCCAUGCAUAGUUCAUACCGCGAAGAAAUCAAUGCACAAACCAGAUUAGCUGAUUUGUACAAAUCUAUGGCAGAUGAGGCUAAUGCCAAAGCUGAAGAGUUCUCCAAUGCAGUAAAGGAACUCCAGGAACUUCUAGAACAUGCUUCAGAACAAUAUGGAACUUUGGAGACUAAGUACAAUCAGUUGUUGUUGCAACAUAAGCAAGAUAUUAACGACAAGGAGCAAAAUAUCCAGGAAUUGACGAAAGAAUUGGAACACGCUAACGAACUGCUGAAAAAUGUCCAACAAGAGAGAUUGGACCAAGCUGUUGAACAGUUGGCACCUACAGCAGCUAUAACCAGUCGAGUGUUACGGAAAGGCUUGAGCCUCACACAGAUUUAUACUCAAUUAGUUGAAGUCACUGACCAGUUAACUCAAGAAAGACAAGAAAACGACCGUCUGAAAUCCCAGAUGGAUGUGAUCCUCUGUGAAUUACAGCAGAAGGCACCAUUACUGCAACAACAACGUCAAGAUUACGAAACAGCCAUGACAAAUAUAGAGAUGUUGACUUGCAGACAAGAUGAAAUUCUUACUGAGAAUCAACGCCUUCUUGAAAGUUCCAGUGAGGCUAAACGCCUUGCCAGUCACCAUAGUAAAGAAAACCAAAAGUUGAAGAUUGAACUUAGCGACUUGGCCAGACAAGUAUGUUAUCUUCUCAAGGAGGUUCAAGAAAGCCGUACUGGCACACAUGUAGAAAGCAGAGAUCCAUCUUCCCGAGAUACCUCCUUUGAUACAGACAACAUCGUAUCCUCACAAAUUAUCAGUAAGAAACUGGUGACUUUUAAGGACAUUGAAGAAUUGCAAGAGAAUAACCAGAAGCUACUAGCUGUUGUCCGUGCGUUAUCGUCCAGACAAGAAGAAAUCGAACGCGCUACAGACGAGAUAAAUUCUGGUGAAAUGAAAGAGAAACUGGACCGUUAUAUGGAGCAAUUAGCAGAUAUGCAGGUUGCCCAAGAUCGGCAGGCGAAAAUGCUAGAUAAUCUUCUGAAGCAGAGAGAUAUGUAUAAGAACAUGUAUCAACAAAGUGUCAAGAAUUCCAACGAGAAGAAGAAGGAGAUGAUAGAUGUGGAGGACGAAGAGAAUAAAUCAAAGACGAAGGAAGAGCCGAAGGUGUUGAAAGAUGAUAAAGAUGAAGAAAAGAAGGAAUGGUCCAAAAAGCUGAAGGAUAUGGAGGACAAAUUCAAGCAGGUCUCGGACGAAUAUGACAUGUACCGGAAAGAACGGACCGCGCAUGAGAAGAUGUUGAGCGAGGAAGUGGAAAGACUUAGGAAAGAGGCAGAAGCAAAUUCAACGAGAUGUUGCAGACUGAAAGCGCAACUAGAUUCAGCAAAUGAGAGAUUUACUCUUCUACAGGGUAAUGUUUCGUCAUACAAGACUCAAAUCAAGGUUCUCGAGGAGAAAUGCAACAAUUACAAUAUCACCAUAGGUAAGCACGAACAGAGCAUUAUGAUCCUGAAAGACGAAACGCUUGCCGCUCAAUCUAAUUUAUCCCGGGCCGAAGUUCAAUUGGAAAACCUUCGCCACGAACGCCAACUUCUCCGAGAUUCUGAAGGACGACUACUGAAGGAGCGAGAAGUCUACCAGAGAGAAAGACAAACACAAGCUCUGCUCAAAGCGGAUAUGGAGUCCAUUAAGGCCAGUUUAGAACGAGUUCAAGCCGAAGGACAGCUUAGAGCGGAACAGAGAUUCGAUGACGCUAACAGAGAGUGUGCUGCUCUUCGACGUCGUCUACAAGAAGAGCAAGAUCGUUUCAGAGACUUAACAGCACAUCUGGAAAGGAAAUUGAUGACUAAUCAGGAAAGGUUAAAAGAAGAACGUGAACUAAAUGAAAGAUUAAGAGCGGAAAUGGAUCAGUCAAAGAAGACUGAAUCUGAAAGCAGCCAAAAGAUCGAGGAAUUAGGAAACAAAUUGAAACAGAUGGCUGCUCAUUAUAUCGAGAAGCCUUUGACAGGAGAUGAAAACCUAGUUAAGAGAGUAAAGGAACUGGAGACGCAACUGGAUGCUUGCCAAACCGAAAUAAAGUCUCUUUCGGAACAACUGAAGACUGCUAGACAACAAAGUCAGCAGUACUGCGACAUUGCCGAGAGCGCUGAAACGCAGCUACGAGAGUUAACAGCCGAGCAUACAAAAUGCAAGGAGGAGCUGGAGAAAGCUUUGAGUGAUUCACGCUUAGAGAUCGUCUCGUUGCAGAAGAAAGUGAAAGAACUUAAUGCUGAUCUGGCGAAAAUAUCGAAUGGCAAACAAGAGACCGAUUCGGAAUUGAGAGAGAAACUAGCUAAUGCUGAGAACAAGAUCGAGGAGCUGGAUGAGCUAAAAGGUGAAUUAGAAUUAUUGAAAAGUGACCUGAAAUCUAUAGCAAUCGCGGCCAAAGAGGCGGAAGAAAAAUAUGCAAGGGAGAUGGUGCUGCAUUCAGCUGAUUUGCAGGUUCUGGCUAAGCUGAAGGAAGAAGCUCAGCAAACCCAACAGCAGUUCAAUACUUUAACCCAGGAGCGAAAUAUAGCGAUAGAAGCUUUGAAUACCGAAAAGUUAUCUUUCAAAAAAAUGGAACAGAAAUUGUUGAGCGAAAUCAGCGAGUACCAAAAGAGAAUUGAUGACUUGGAUACACAAAAUGCGCUUCUGCAUAAUCAGAUUCAGGAGUUGGGCAAUCGAGCAGCCAUUUUGCAAAGUCAACAGACCAAGAUAAGCGGACGGGAGAGUCCUGAUACUAGCUUGGAAGCUAUAAAUAAGAGUUUCAGUUCUUUGGACGAAGAUUCUAACUCGGUCGAUCAGUUAUUAAGAGUUAUGAAGUAUCUAAGAAGAGAGAAAGAUCUGGCACUAGCAAAAUCUGAUGUUCUUAAAGCGGAAAAUCUUAGGUUGAAGUCACAGACUGAUGUGCUAGAGAAGCGGCUUAAAGAGACCGAGACUUUAUUGAACUCUGAGCGAGAAAAGUCGGAGAUCGACGUGGUGACUAUGUCUAAACAUUCGGAAUUACUGCGCAAGGUAGAGACUUUGAAUGCCAUUACGGAUUCUAAUCGAAUCCUCAGGGAAGAGAGAGAUAGUUUAAGCGCGAAAGUAAACGAACUUACGGCUAAAGUGAAUGCUUUAUCGGAAGAAGUAGUGCCUCUUCGAGAUACGUCUCGAGAUCUGACAGCUAAAACCGAAGCUUUGAUAGAAGAAAACACAAGCUUGAAGGGCGAAGCGACUAGGUGGAGGCAGAGAGCGAACACGUUGCUGGAGAGAGCGAACAAGGCUAGUCCUGAAGACUGGAGACGAUUACAAACAGAGAGAGAGAAUCUGAGCAAAUUACUGACGUCGGAAAGAGAGACUCACACGAAGAGAACCGACGAAUUUAAUCAAAUGAAGGUAGAGAAGGCGAAACUUGAAGAACAAAUAGCGCAGCUACAGAAACAGGUACAAGCGCAAGGCGAAGAGAUAUCUCGAACAUCUGAAGAAGCUCGCAAAUUAAGCCAGGACCUAAACGAGGCUCUGGCUGAUUCUGCCUCGAAAGUUAAGGACUUGACCUCUGUUAAAAAAGAGUUGAGCGAUAAAGAAACAAUUCUUAAUGAUAUCAGGAAUAAAGAGAUCCAGAUUCGCAAAAUAGCUAAGAAGUAUAAAACGCAAUAUGAGGAGCUCAUAAAGAACGUCGAGGAGAAGAAUCGCAGUGAGGAAGCUAGGAACGAUGAGAUUUCUAACGCGAACAUGCAAGAGCGCGAAGAUCAAUUGAGAGAAGAAGGCCGUCAAGAACUUCGUCAGACGAACAUUGAACUCACUACGAAAGUCGACGAAUUAACUCGCCAAAUAACGACUGCUGAGGGCGAAGCUGACAACUUGAGGGCGGAGAUCGAUGGCUUGAAACGCAACAUCGUAGAGAAAGAGGAGAGAGCAAAGCAAGUGCUUAAAGGUGCCAGGACGAAGAUCAUGCAGCUAACCGAGUCGAAAAAAAUAUGCGAGAAGGAAUUAUUAGACUUAAAGUCCAGGGUAGAAUCCGCGGGUGGCAAUGCAGGUGGUCAAAGCGAUGCCGAGGCGGAGCACGACAAUCGAUUGACGGCACUGAAAUCACAAAUGGAUAGCCGUAUUUCUCGAUUAGAGCACGAGAAAGCGGAAAUACAAGCAGAGAAAGAAGCUCUGUUGCAACGAGUUACUCAACUCCAGAGGCAAUUAUCGGGUGUGAGUGGAGUUAGCGCGACUACCGAGCCACCCACUGCAAACAUCAAACCGAUGUCCGCUAGAGCGGAGACUCCUCUAGCUAGUAUUAGGCCGAUGAGCGUAGUACAAUCUAGAACAGCAGCGGUGCUUCCGACUACAGCUAGUGCACCGGUAAUGGUCGCACCGCAUCAGAUGCAGCAACAACAGCAACAACAGCAGCAGGUAGUGCACACUACGGAAACGAGCUCGCCAACUAGCAGUCUGACAGACUUCCAGCCGGCGAGCACCAGUAGUUCCUCACAGGGUGCGCAAACUAGUAGUCUUCGUCAACUAGUGGUACAGCCACAACUUAGCGAAUCUGCCGAAUCUACGCAAAGAGAAGAUCCGGAGAGUGUAGAGACACUAAGCGUGCAGCCGCAGCAGCAGCAAUGUCAGCAGCAACAACAACAGCAACAGCAAACGGUGGCAUUAGUUAGUCCAAGAGUGGAGCAGCAGCAACAGCAACAACAGCAACAACAAGUCGUUGUCAGCGAUCAACAACAAACUGUUGCAAGCAGUUCUACGCAGUCAGUCAGCACGUCACAAGCUACUACAGGACUCAAGAGACCCCGUGUCCUCGACUCGACGGCCUCUGGUUCUGGAAUUGUCGAAGGAGUAGAUCACGGACGCCAGGAACAAGCGCAAAGUCCGAAGACUAAACGAAGCAGGCAAGAUAUGAGUGCGACAGCGAGUGCCAGUGCUUCGGAAGUGGAGUACCAGGUGCCUACAUCAAGCCAAAGGGAUCAAGAUGAGGAAGUAGAAGAAGGCUGUGUAGUAGUAGUAGAUUGUGAUGAAGGCGAAGGUGGCGGUAACCAUCAAGCUCAAGAGGAAGAAGAAUUCGAUAAUGAUCCUUACGAAGAAAUGGAGGAGGAAGAAGAAAUGCCUUACGAAGUCGAAGUUGAGGUCGAACGAGACAAUAACGAAGUGGAGAUCAUCAUGGAAGAAGAUUCCACUAGUGUCGAGGUUCCCAGACAGGCUCAAGCAAUCAUUCCUACCAAUCAGCAACAAUCUGAGGCUAUCAGUAGUGCCGGACCGACCGGAGAACCUCCGACAUCGUUCACAGCAAGGUCAUCUAGGGGAAUCGCGCCUAUGCCUAGACAACAACAACAACAACACCUUCUUCUGCCGCAACAGGGCUACGAAGAUGGUGGUGAUGAUUGUAUCGUACCAAGUACACCUACUUUGUUCGUUCCGCGUCGUGGCGAUGGCUUUGGAGAAGCAGUGAGUUCUCCACAAGUACCUCAAGGUCGUUUCACGUUUGGAGACUCUUCAGCGCCUACUACAGCUUCUUCCACGCCGUCCCUAACGACACCUACAGGUUCUACCACAAGGACUAUCUUUGGUUCGUCUAGCUCUACGGUAGCUCAGGUCGUACAAGAAAGUCUUGACGAUAGCAGAAUGGAUCUAACACAGUUAGAGGAUGGUGGGACUGGACGUAGCGUACCUACUACGCCAUUACAAGUGUCACCAGCUGCUGAUUUGCCACCUUCGACUAGUAGUGGUCAAUCUGAGGAACAAGAAACCAUUGUGACGCCUAUUUCCGCAACGGCUACUUCAGGUGACAAUGCCGAGGAACCCAACAUUCCUAGCAUUCGCAUCGUCGGUGCUGAUGAUCAACAACGUGGUUCUACAGAAGCUACAGAAUCUAAUGUAAUGCCAAGCGAAGGAGUAAGUUCAGAUAUUGAAAAGCGAUCGGAAGAACCGGUGGCUCUGGCAUCCGGGGAUGACGAUGCCGUAGACACGGCGGAAGUGACAGAAGAAACCGCAAGUGAACUUGUCGAGGAUGAUGUCGAAGAGGAGAGUCGCGAAGCAGAGGCGUCACCGUCUAGUAAUACUCGCCAGAGGACGUUGGCGGCUAGCUUGGCAACAGCGAGCGCUUCUAAUGGUAACAGAGGAGUGACUGUGAGAAGAUCACCAAGAUCAUCCUUCAGAGCAGCGAGAGGUGCGAGGCCUACACCGAUUGUAUGGAGUGAAAGUCAGUCAGGUAGAGGACAAGCUGUGCUACGUGGGCAACACGCUGCGAGAGGUGGACCUAAUGAGGGAGGAGGACGAGGGCGAGGAGCACGAGGACGAAGAAUGCGUUCGAAAUAUCCUUACGCCCGAUAUUCAUAAUAUCACACUGCGACCUCCUGUAUCGUGUAUACUCUUUUUAUUCAGUACAUAUUCUGCAUAGUUUAUAUCAUCGACUUAAGUUAAAUAAGCGAAGAAAAAUAAGUAAAGGAAGCUUCAGCCA